CCGGAAAUGGACAGUGGAGCUUACAGCGAGAGGAAGUCAGCAUCUUGAGCUGUCAUAGCGGCGCGUUUUACAUGAAGAAGCCUGAUUAUAAAAGAGGUGUUCUGACGUUAAAUUGUAAAACGUUAUUGUAAUGUGUGGCUAUAUAUCGGCGCACCUUCUGGCAUUAACUCGUGUCCUAGAAUUUAAACUCAAUCGGGACAGGUAGAGACCGCCUAUAGGACAUCGAUGGCGAGCGUGGUGUUAAUAAUAUGAUGGAUAUGGAGAUGUUUCUGGGAAAAUACGAGCGAUUCUCAAGGUUCAAGCUGCGACAGAUGAUGCGUGUCUCCAUAUGAUGUCGAAGGACCCUGUUUUAUGGUGCGCUUCACCCCGCCCCUGAGAUUUAUGGGAGAGGAUGGACAUCCCAGCGGCAAAUCACGAGCAACCUUGGGGUCACAUGGGCUGGCCUGCAGCUGCCCCCAUAGCCGGCUAUGCAACAGCUGUGCCCAACGGCCCCCCACCUGGGCUCCAGUAUCCGAAUAAGGGCAUCCAGAAUGCACCCCCAAUUAUGGGGUCUGGCCACCCCCCAGGAGUCUGGCCCCAUCAGAAGCCGUCCUGGGCCCCCCCUCCAAACCACUUCAAUGGCAUGUUAUGUGAGCCCAACCCAGAAUUGUCCUUUCGCAGUAACUCACAGUCACCACAAGGAGGCAGCAGUUCACAACCGGACAGCAGAGUUUUGAGCCCCAGUUCUGAAUCGCGAUAUGGCCUGGACCCCCAGUGCCUGCCUAGCGCGGUGCAGGGAAUGCAGGAGAACAGGGAGGAAUGGGAGGGAAAGGUGUUUGUUUCGGAGCCUGGCUCUCUGCUACCCCCUCUGGCCACCACUGGCUUUACUGUGGAGGAUCGAGGUAAUGCGAGCCCCAGGUUCAUUCGCUGCACCUCCUACUCUUUUCCCAGCGAAGGAACGACUGCCCAGCUGAGCCACCUGCCCCUCGGGGCAGUACUGACCCCCCUGGCCAGGCUAGAGAAAGGCGAGCGCCCUCUGCCGGUCUGCUCUGGGACUGCAGAGGGAGGGCUUGUGCCAGGCUGCAGUGGAUGUGGUGCCUACAUGUGCCCGUUCAUGACCUGGCAAGACUGCGGGCAGAGAUUCUCCUGCCCGUUCUGCGGGAAGCUCACCGAAGUGCCGUGGCGGUGUUACCAGCCCACCGCCGGCGGGGGGGGGGCGCGGACGGCCAGCGAACGCAGACCCGAGCUCUGUCUCGGGUCCUACGACGUCCUGGAGUCCGGCACGGGUCAGGCGGCUGGGCUGCUCUUGGCGUUGGACGUCUCUGCUCCUGCGCUGAAGAGUGGACACCUGGGUCUCAUCUGUCAGCAGCUACGCUCCUUCCUCUCAUCUCUUGCCAGAGAGGAAGGUGGGAACCAAUCAGACCUGCGAGUGGGAUUGAUGACCUAUGACAGCAGGCUCCACCUCUAUGACCUCAGCCCCACUCUGUCCCGCCCCCACAUGCUAAUUAUCACUGAUACCACAGAGCUAGAACUGCCCACGUGGGAGGGGCUCCUGGUGCCACUCAAAGACUCCAGAUACUGCAUUGACAGUUUGUUGCAGCAGAUCCCCCGAUUGGCUGAAGGCUCCGAGGACACGCCCUGCGCUCAGGGUCUCCCCGGCCGUGCCGCGCUGAGGAUACUGGAGGCCGUCGGGUGCCCGGGAAAGGUGCUUGUUUUCCAGUCCGCACCCCUGACUGAGGCGGCAUUAAAACAUGGAUCCUCAGGGUUCUUCAACUCCGGCAAGCCCAAGACCCUGUUCCAGCCUUCAGAGCCUUGCGUGUCAUUGGCUGAAGAGUGUGCCAAUCAAGGCUGCAGCCUGCACCUCUUCCUGUUCUCCCAGCCGGAUGUGGGCGGGGCCUGGCCAGGCCACACCCCGUAUAUGACAGGGGGAGGAGUUUACUGCUAUGACGGUCUGCAGUCCGAGGUGGACAGAGAGCAGCUGAGCUGUGACCUGCACAGGUGUGUGGAGACAGAGACGGCCUUCAAGGCCCAGCUCAGGGUCUUCGUCAGCAAAGGGCUGAGUGUGUCUGGGUUUUACGGCUCGUUCAUCCCUGGACCUGACCCCGCCCACGUCUCCUUGGCUGCCCUCGAUUGGCGCACGACCCUGGCAGUCCAGUUCACUCAUUCCAGCCCCCUGGAGGAGCAGAGAGGCGUGGUCAUACAGGCGGCCCUGUCUUACACCAGCGCUUGGGGGGAGCGGAGGACCCGGGUACACAGCCUGACCCUGCCCUGCUCACGCCACCUUCUGGACACCUUCCGCACCUGCCAGGCUCAGACACUGCUCACCUUCUACUGCAAGAAAGUGUAUUGCGCGGUGCUGGAGCGCCCCCUACAGGAGGUGCGUGAGGAGCUGCAGGCAGACGUGACCCAGUUGCUGGCCUCUUACCGCAAACACUGCAGCUCCACUGCGGUAUCACCGGGCCAGCUGGUGCUGCCCCAGUUCCUGAAGGCUCUCCCGGUCUACGUGAACAGCCUGCGCAAGAGCGAGGUUCUGCUGCCGUGCGUGCGCAGCACUGUCACCCAGCGUCUGCACCUGCGCAGCCAGCUGCUCUGCCAGGACGUCAGGACCACUGCCACCCACUUCUACCCCCUCCUGCUUCCUCUGCCAAUGAGCAGCGAGCCGCUGAGCGCGCUCAGUGCGAUGGAGGCGGUGCGCUGCAGUGCCAGCAGCCUCGACCCGGGGAGCCUGUUCUUGGCCCACUGCUCGCUGUCGCUGUUCCUGUGGGUGGGGCAGGGCGUCCCCGCCCACGUCCUGCUGCAGCUCUUCAACACCACCUGCUUCUCCCUUUUACCCUCGGGACAGCUGUGCCUGCCUGAGCUGCAGAAUCCUCUGUCUGUCACUGUGAGGAAGCUCAUUCACAGCCUACAGUCACAAGCGCCCUGUGCUCUCAGGCUGCAGGUGGUGAAACAGGGAGACAGCACUGAAGAGGCACUACAGCGCCUCCUGGUGGAGGACAAGAGUCCCAACGGCGGGGCAUCGUACGCCGACUUCCUGUACCACCUGCACGUCAACUCGCUGCGUCUCCUGGUUUGACUCUGCGCACGCCCCACACCGUUAAUGAACUACGUUACCCAGAGUCCUCCUCUCUUCCCCCCUCCGUCCUCUGAUCUCUAGGUCAGGUUCUGAAAUUAACGUGGGCCCCUUUAACUGAACUGAAAAUCUAGCCCCUCAACAGGAAAUGGAUGCAGUGGUAAGACUGUUACUGAACUGCUGUUCACGCCAGGACAGCACAGACAUGUACACAUCAUACCAAGCAAUAAAGCACGUGGUGUACCGGUUUCCCAUUG